AUCGAACCACACAGUUUAUAAUUCGAAAUAGGUUACAAUAAUUAGAUGUAUCCACCAAUCCAAAGAAAUGAUAGGCGGGAGCUAGACCCUGCGCCGUGCCGCUUUGUGGACAACGACUGCCAUUGUUAGGGCGGAUAGACAAGUAUCUUGUCAGUAUAUCCAUAAUCUUUGCUUGAAGAGAGUGUUGUCGGAGAGCAGACUUUAGAAAAGCUUCUGGACAGUGCGAGAGCCUUCACGAACAGAAAGGGAAGAGAAAGCAUGGCUUUAAACCUUACCAUCAACAGUAGCAACCCUCCUUUAGGGGCGCUGUUGGCAGCUGAGCAUGUGAAGGGCAGCGUGAACCUGUCUGUGGAUGAGGGCAAAGACAACAAGCUCCGUGUCUCAGAGUCAGUGCAGUUCAGCGACGUGAACUCCAUCACUCGCUACCUUGCCCGUGUGACUCCCACUCUGAGCUUGUACGGCUCCAACAUGCUGGAACAAACUGAGGUGGACCACUGGCUGGAGUUCAGUACGCGGCGCGUGUGUGGACAGUCGGGCCUAGCUACAGCCCUGGAGGAGCUGGACAAGGCCUUGGCUCUGCGCACAUUCCUGGUGGGCCACAGCCUGACUCUGGCCGACCUCUGUGUGUGGGCCGCGCUCAAAGGUAGCAACGAGUGGCAGUCAAUCCAGAAGCAGGCGGGGGCGUUCUCUCACGUGGCUCGCUGGUUUUCCUUCCUAGGCUCCCAGGUGCCCUUUACUGCAGUGGGCAACAAGUAUGCCAACAGCAAGGCCCCUCCUCACAAGUCCGAUGAAAAGAAGCAGGACUUGGGCAAGUUUGUUGAAUUGCCGGGAGCCGAGAUGGGGAAAGUGGUGGUUCGCUUCCCCCCUGAGGCCAGCGGGUAUCUGCACAUUGGCCACGCCAAGGCUGCCCUGCUCAACCAGCACUACCAGGUGACCUUCAAGGGCAAGCUCAUCAUGCGCUUCGACGACACCAACCCAGAGAAGGAGAAGGAGGACUUUGAGAAGGUGAUCCUGGAGGACGUGGCCAUGCUGCAGAUCAAGCCUGACCAGUUCACCUACACCAGCGACCACUUCCCUCGCAUCCAGGGCAUGGCGGAGCAGCUGCUGAGGGAAGGCAAGGCCUACAUCGACGACACGCCCCCAGAGCAGAUGAGGGCGGCGAGGGAACAGCGCACCGAGUCCCGCCACCGCAGCAACUCGGUGGAGCAGAACCUGAAGAUGUGGGAGGAGAUGAAGGCGGGCACGGAGUACGGCCAGACGUGCUGCAUGCGGGCCAAGAUCGACAUGGCCUCCAACAAUGGCUGCAUGCGCGACCCCACCCUCUACCGCUGUAAGAAUGCCCCCCACCCCCGCACUGGCAGCACCUACAGGGUGUACCCCACGUACGACUUUGCCUGCCCCAUCGUUGACAGUGUGGAGGGCGUGACUCAUGCGCUGCGCACAACAGAGUACCACGAUCGCGACGACCAGUUCUACUGGGUGAUCGAGGCGUUGGGUCUGCGCAAGCCCUACGUCUGGGAGUACGCCCGGCUCAACCUCAACAACACUGUGCUCUCCAAGCGCAAGCUCACCUGGUUCGUAGACCAGGGCUAUGUCGAUGGCUGGGACGACCCUCGCUUCCCAACUGUCAGAGGUGUCCUGCGCAGAGGAAUGACCGUCGAGGGCCUCAAGCAGUUCAUCGCUGCCCAGGGUGGAUCCAGGUCUGUGGUCAACAUGGAAUGGGACAAGAUCUGGGCCUUCAACAAGAAGCUGCCAAUUAGCUGUAUCAAGGUUAUCGACCCAGUGGCCCCCAGAUACACGGCCCUGUCAGGAUCCUACUCAGUCCCUGUCAUCAUCCCUGAGGCAACAGAGGAGAUGAAGGAGGCCGUCAAACACCCCAAGAACACAGAGGUGGGGAUGAAAGCGGUGUGGUACGGACCCAGGGUGCUGGUGGAGGGGGCAGAUGCAGAGACCUUCACAAAGGGAGAGAUAGUCACCUUCAUCAACUGGGGAAACAUUAUCAUCACCCAGAUCCACAAAGAUGCCAGCGGUAAGGUCACCUCCCUGGACGGCAAACUGAACCUGGAGAACAAGGACUACAAGAAGACCACCAAGAUCACGUGGCUGGCCGAGACCCCCCGCGCGCCCCUGCUGCCCACCGUCUGCGUCAACUACCAGCACCUCAUCACCAAGCCUGUCAUAGGCAAGGAGGACGACUUCAAGGAGUACAUCAACAAACAGAGCAAGCUGGAGGAAAAGAUGCUGGGAGACCCCUGUCUGAAGGACCUGAAGAAGGGUGACAUCAUCCAGCUGCAGAGGCGGGGCUUCUACAUCUGUGACCAGCCCUACGAGCCAAUCAGUCCCCACAGCUGCAAGGAGAGUCCCUGUGUGCUGCUGUUCAUCCCCGAUGGCCACACCAAGGAGAUGCCCACCGCCGGCUCCAAGGAGAAGUGCAAGGCCACCACCACCACAGCUCCCUUCCCAGCCACGUGCCAAGGCGCUCCCGUCUCUGCCCCAGCUAGCGAUGCCUGCGCCGUUUUCUUUGGCAUCGUGGCUCAAGGUGAGAAGGUACGCGAUCUAAAAACCGCCAAGGCCCCCAAGGAGAAGGUGGACAAAGUGGUAAAGGAGCUACUGUCACUCAAAGCCCAGUUCAAGCAGCUGACUGGCCAGGACUACAAACCAGGCAUGGCCCCACCCGCCAGCUCCACCACUCAGAAGGCCGCAACCCCCGCACCUUCUGCUGACUCCACCUCCACCUUUGCUUGCAUCACCCAGCAGGAGGAGCUGAGGUCAGAGAAGGCCUCCAAGGUUGAUGCUGUUGUCAAGCAGCUGCCGGAUUUUACAGCUGAGUUCCAUCAGAUCACAGGCAAGGAGAACAAGCCAGGGAUGACCCCUCCUUCUGCUGCCCAAGCCAAGACUGCUCUCUCUGCCUCAUCCCCCCCAUCCUCUCCCUCAGGCCUAUACGAACGUGUGACCGAACAGGGAGACACUGUGAGGAAGCUUAAAUCUGAGAAAUCAGCGAAGGACCAGGUUGAUGCUGCGGUGAAGCAGCUCUUAGACUUGAAGGCAGAGUACAAACAGGCGACAGGUCAGGACUACAAGCCAGGAACUUCCCCAGUCCCUGCUGCUGCCCCAGUCCAGAGCACCCAAGCCCCCCCAGUCACAUCUGGCUCAGGCAUCUAUGAACAUGUGACUCAGCAGGGUGACUUGGUGAGGAAGCUGAAAAGCGAGAAGGCCCCCAAGGACCAGAUGGACACAGCCGUCAAGCAUCUGCUGUCACUCAAAGCAGAGUACAAGCAGGUGACUGGCCAGGACUACAAACCAGGCAUGGCCCCAGCCACCAGCCCUGCCCCUGUCCAGGCUAGCCCCGCCCCCAAGGCCCAGUCUAGCUCCUCCAUUAAGGUGCUCUUCUCCCAGGUGUCCCAUCAGGGGGAGUUAGUGAGGAAGCUGAAAUCGGAGAAGGCUCCUAAGGACCAGCUGGAUGGUGCCGUGAAGCAGCUUCUGGGCCUGAAGACCCAGUAUAAGGCCCUCACAGGAGAGGAGUAUAAACCUGUGGCUUCCGCCGGAGCCUCGGGCGGAGAGGACAAGAACGGCAAAGACCGAGAGAACAAGUCUGAGAAACAGGGAGGUGGUAGUGGCGGAGGAGGAGGGAAGAAGCAGCCCAAGGGAGACAAAGUCAAGGAGGUCUCGUCGGGAGGCGCAGGGGGAGGAGGAGGAGAGGGGGGUCCCAAGAAACAGACACGACUGGGACUGGAGGCUAAGAAGGAGGAGAACCUGUCUGAUUGGUACUCUCAGGUAAUCACUAAGGCGGAAAUGAUUGAGUACUACGAUGUGAGCGGCUGCUAUGUGCUGCGGCCCUGGUCAUACUCCAUCUGGGAGUCCAUCAAGGAGUUCUUUGACCGCGAGAUCAAGAAGCUGGGCGUGGAGAACUGCUACUUCCCCAUGUUUGUCUCACAGGCUGCCCUGGAGAAGGAGAAGUCCCACAUCGCGGAUUUUGCCCCCGAGGUCGCCUGGGUGACGCGUUCAGGGAACACUGAGCUUGCCGAGCCCGUCGCUAUCCGACCCACUAGUGAAACUGUGAUGUACCCUGCCUACUCCAAAUGGGUCCAGUCCCACAGAGACCUCCCCAUCAAACUCAACCAGUGGUGCAACGUUGUGAGGUGGGAGUUCAAGCACCCCCAACCCUUCCUGAGGACCAGAGAGUUCCUGUGGCAGGAGGGACACACGGCUUUCGCCACCAAAGCGGAGGCCACCGAAGAGGUGUUACAGAUCCUGGACCUGUAUGCGCGGGUGUACGAGGAGCUCAUGGCCAUCCCUGUGGUAAAGGGCAGGAAGACUGAGAAAGAGAAGUUUGCCGGAGGUGACUACACUACCACCGUGGAGGCCUUCAUCUCUGCCAGUGGCAGAGCCAUUCAGGGCGCCACGUCCCAUCACCUGGGACAGAACUUCUCGCGGAUGUUUGAGAUUGUGUUUGAGGACCCCAAGAAGCCAGGUGAAAAGCAGCUGGCAUAUCAGAACUCGUGGGGUAUCACCACCCGCACCAUCGGCGUGCUCACCAUGGUCCACGGUGACAAUAUGGGCCUGGUGCUGCCCCCCAAAGUCGCAUGUCUCCAGGUGAUCAUCAUCCCAUGUGGUAUCACGGCCUCCCUGCCCGAGGCUGAGAAAGAGGUUCUCUUGGCCCAGUGCUCCAAGUACCUGGCUCGGCUGCAGAGGGGAGAGAUCCGAGUCAAGGCAGACCUCCGAGAAAACUACUCCCCUGGCUGGAAGUUUAACCACUGGGAGCUCAAGGGUGUGCCCAUUCGUCUGGAAGUGGGUCCUAAGGACCUGAAGCAGGGUCAGUGUGUGGCCGUGAGGAGAGACACAGGGGAGAAGAUCACCCUGCCCGAGGCCGACACAGAGAAGAGGCUCACACAGCUACUGGAGGACAUCCAGACCAACCUCUUCAAGAGGGCAUCAGACGACUUGAACAAGCACAUGGUGGUAGCAGACUCUAUGGAACAGUUCCAGACAGAUCUAGAUCAGGGCAGGAUUGUCCAGAUCCCCUUCUGUGGAGGAAUUGAGUGUGAAGACUGGAUCAAGAAGACCACUGCCAAGGACCAGGAUCUGGAGCCCGGUGCCCCCUCUAUGGGUGCAAAGAGCCUGUGUAUCCCCUUCAAGCCCCUGCAGCCCCUGCAGCCGGGCCAGAUGUGUGUCAGCGGCAAGGAGGCCGCCCAGUACUACACUCUGUUUGGCCGUAGCUACUAAAUACACACCGGAAGGGUGUAUCUCAAUCGUCUGAAAUGGUUUCCUCUCCUCGUCACUUCUCCUUUGUCUGGGAAAUGUGAAGAACUAGAUUGUUGAAAACCAAGAAAUUCUCUGGGUGUUUCCCCCUAUCAUGUUCUUUUGAGCAGAGAUGAAGUCACUUCAGACUAUUGAGAUGUACCGAGUCAACACCCCAUAGUGUGUUCCCUUUCUUUCAGCCCUUAACCAUGUUGCAAUGGUGGCCCAACCCCUCGAAAGUGACUAAAGAAAGGCACUCUCUGUAAUCAGCUAUUAUCUCCCCACUAGCCCCAAAUGUAACAAAAAAAGCAAUUUUUAUACCCGGUGACAGUCUUGUCUCUUUCUCCCUCCACCCUAACUUAUCUCAGGACCUUUUACAGGUAUAAAAGAUGUCCUUGUACUCAGGCAAGAUGUUUUAGUACCUCCCCACGAACUGAACUGACAUUGACCGCUCUCUGUCAUAGCAAUUGGGGGUGGACUAGGGGGUGGUGAGGGUUGUUUCCUGGAGGUUUUCAACACGUUAUUCCUGUGUACCAACUCAUAGGAAUACUCAUAGAUCCUAUUAAAUUACUAGAGGGGCUAUGUCAUAAACAACCCUCGAAGCUCCAGAAUGUGGUGAAAAUAGCAGCCAUAGAAGCAGUAACAAGGUCAAUGGAUCUCAACCAAAACAAUGGAAAUGUGUGGGGGAAAGAUCCCGAAUCUUCUCAUUGCCCCCCAGCAAAAUGUUCCUACAUUUAGGCUGUUGUUGUGUAUUUCACACUGUUGAGGUGAAACAAAUGUAAAUAAUGCUUGUAAUAAUCAACUGGAUUACAGUUAAAAACAACUGACUACCACAACCGAUUUCUCUAUGCUAGCUGUGCUACCAGCUUAUACGAACGGGAGUUAGCAUUUAGCAGUUACUUCUUCUAAACCUGAAAAGGAACUACUUCUAAGUGUUAUGCAGCGUAAACGUCCAAAUAUAUCCAAAUCUGCCUUUAGUAACCACAUUGUGGGCCUGCUAAAGUACAUCAAUAAUGAGGGAUUUGAUGAAUAUCCACGUUGUUCGAUCAGAUUUGUUGAAUGUGCGCCAAUCCGACGUCCUUUUUAUCCCCCACGGUCUGCGUUCCAUUGACCUCUUUACCACAUCUAUAUUGGUCAGGGAGAAAUCCGAACCAGUCUAAUUGAAAUUGAUGGCAGUAGAGGCAUAAUCCUGAUUUUUCUUAUGCAGGGAAAUAAAAGUAAGGCAUGUGAUUUCAGAAAUUGUGUAUUAGAAUUGUGAACUUAAAAUAUUGUAAUAUAAUUUUAAGUUGAGUUUUUAUACGGGUUUAUUGCGAAUGCUGUGUAUAAAUAGCCUCUAAAACAGGGCUGUCCAACUAUUCCUGGAGAGCUAACCUCCUGUAGGUUUUUGCUCCAACCCCAGUUGUAACUAAAAGGAUUCAGCUUAUCAACCAGCUAAUUAUUUGAAUCAGUUGCGCUAGAUUAGGGUUGGAGCGAAAACCUACUGGACAGUAGCGCUCCGGGAACAUGGUUGGCUAUAAUAUAUAUGGAAAAAGACCAUACAUGUCUCCAUUUUUGUUUUCUUGGAAAGCUGUGAGUGCUAUUAUAUGAUACAAUAUCAAUACUUGUUGCAUUUACAACUUUUUUUUAUUUCAAGUACUAUCAUCAACUGAUUUGAGACAGGCUGUGGAUUGACAGCAUUGUUUGAAUGGAAUGUUGUCAUAUUGGCAGUUAAUUUGAAAAAUGUAUUGAAUCAUUCCUCUGAAGCUGGCUAGCUAGCUAACAAACAUACAGUGCAGAUACAUUCUUCAAAUUCAUUAUUUAACACUAUUUGUCACAGCACUGGCAAACCAUGGUUGACCAUCUCCCUGACCAAAAUGGCUGACCUUUGUCCCACCAGAAGAAGGUUCAUGUCCAUUCUAGCAUCCUAAUUCUAUUGGAAUACGUACUAUGACAUACCUGUACUGUAAUCUCUGAUUUACUCCAACUAAUGCAAUUGUAGAACUUGUCUAUAAAAAUAAAGGGACUCUGAAUUUCUA